CGCCGCGGCCGCGGGGGGACCUUUAGCUGAGCUGGGAGCGGGGAAGCCGCAGCGGGAGCUGGUGUUUUCUUCCCCUCCUUCCUUCGCCUUGCCUCCCCUCCCUCCUCCUCACCCAAACCGGGAGAGGAGGCGUGUUCCUACAGCCUUGCUGCACCGGUUUUGCACGGCUCGCCGUCGCCGGCUUUGCUUCGCGGGGUGGCCGGGCGAUUUUUUUUUUUCUUUUUUAUUAUUUGUUUGCUCGUGCCUUUUUCUUUUUUUUUCCCCUCUUCCUUUUCUUUCUUUCCUCCCCUCCCUCAGCCCAUCGCAUGCUCGGAUCCGGCCGGCUCCUUCCUUUUUCUUUUCGGCGGUGCCGCUCGGGGGGGGCAGGGAGAGCUGGGAUGAGUGCCGCCUGACGCACAGGCACGGCGAGGGGGGGCCCCGCCGGCAGCCGCAGCCCGCUGGGGGCCGCAGGGCGAGGGGCUCGCUCGCCGCCGCCGCCUCCCCCCUUUCCUCUCCCCUUGGCCCCGGCGAGGCGUGCGUGCGAGGAAGAGGAGGACGACGAGGAGGAGGAGGAGGGCCGCUUUGACUCGCCGGGAGGCGCCGGGGCUUGCCGCGGAGCCCCCCCUAUGUGAACCCCCCCCCCCGGGCGGCUGCAUGGCGAUAGAGCGGCGCCGCGAGGGCCGGCCGCUGCCGGAGGAGAACGGCUCGGUGCCGGGGGCCGCCGCCGCCCCCCCGGGGCCGCCCCCCGGGGCCGGGCUGGGGGUCGGGGCCGAGAUCCAGGCGGUGCCGCCGCCUCCGCCGCCCCCCUCGUCGUCGUCCGCCGCCUGCAGCCCGCUGCUCCUCGACUACGACGGCUCCGUGCUGCCCUUCCUCGGGGGGCUGGGCGGCGGGUACCAGCGCACCCUGGUGCUGCUCACCUGGGUGCCGGCCCUCUUCAUCGGCUUCAGCAAGUUCUCGGACUCCUUCCUGCUGGACCAGCCGGACUUCUGGUGCCGGCAGGCGGACGGGCAGCAGGGCGACUGGAACGGCUCCCUCGUCCCCCCCGGCCACGCCAACCACAGCGGCAUCUUCCCCACGGCCACCGCGCUGCCCGGCCCCAGCAACGCCAGCGAGUGCGACUGCCACGAGUGGCACUACCGGAUCAGGGCCGGCCUGGUCCAAAACGUCGUGAGCAAGUGGGAUCUUGUUUGUGACUCUGCAUGGAAAGUCCACAUUGCGAAAUUCUCCCUACUGGUAGGAUUAAUCUUCGGCCACUUAAUAACAGGAUGUAUAGCAGACUGGGUUGGUCGACGGCCCGUACUGCUCUUCUCUGUCAUAUUCAUUUUGAUAUUUGGACUGACUGUGGCACUCUCAGUGAACGUGACAAUGUUCAGCACACUCAGGUUUUUUGAGGGGUUUUGCCUGGCUGGAAUAGUCCUCUCUCUGUACGCACUGCGGAUAGAGCUCUGUCCUCCCGCGCACCGGUUCAUGAUCACCAUGGUGGCGAGCUUCAUCGAAAUGGCGGGGCAGUUCCUCAUGCCGGGGCUGGCUGCCCUCUGCAGGGACUGGCAGGUCCUCCAGGCGGUCAUCAUCUGCCCCUUCCUGCUGAUGCUGCUCUACUGGGUUAUUUUCCCAGAGUCCCUCCGGUGGCUGAUGGCUACGCAGCAGUUUGAGGCGUCCAAGGAACUUAUCUUUCAGCUCACUCGCAAGAACAGGAUGAACACGGAAAGCGACAUCAAAGGAGUGGUGCCUGGGCAUAGAAUGGACGAAUCAGUGCAUAGGAUGGACGAUGCUGUGGAAAUGAAGCUGUUGUCUGUUCCUCAUUUGUUGCAGAAUUUGGAAGAACUGGAAAAGGAGAUCGCCAGGAGACCGAAGAAAGUCUGCAUUGUCAAGGUGGUGGGGACCAGGAACCUGUGGAAAAACAUUGUGGUACUGUGUGUGAACUCUCUGACUGGUUACGGCAUACACCACUGUUUUGCAAAAAGCAUGAUGGGGCACGAGGCGAAGAUGACUAUCACCCACAACUUCUAUGCGGACUACUAUACCAUGGCUGGGAUUGCCUUGGCAUCCUGCCUGGCCAUGUGCCCCGUGGUUGGGUUUCUGGGGAGGAGAGGAGGACUCCUGCUCUUCAUGAUCCUUACAGCUCUGGCGUCGCUUCUGCAGCUGGGCCUUCUCAACUUGAUUGGAAAAUACAGUCAGCUUCCAGACUCAGGUAUGAGUGACAGCGUCAAAGACAAAUUCUCUACUGCGUUUUCCAUUGUGGGUAUGUUUUCUUCGCAUGCUGUUGGAAGUCUCAGCGUAUUCUUCUGUGCUGAAAUCACACCGACAGUAAUAAGGGGAGGCGGGCUGGGGCUGGUGCUGGCCAGCGCGGGCUUCGGCCGCCUGACCGCCCCCAUCAUGGAGCUGCACAACCAGAAAGGCUACUUCCUCCACCACGUCAUCUUCGCCUGCUGUACGCUCAUCUGCAUCAUCUGCAUCCUGCUGCUGCCGGAGAGCAAGAACCAGAACCUGCCCGAGAACAUCCCGGACGGGGAGCACUACACCCGGCAGCCCCUCCUGCCGCACAAGAAGGGGGAGCAGCCCCUGCUCCUGACAAACUCUGAACUCAAGGACUACUCGGGCCUCCACGACUCGGCAGCUGUGAGCGAUGGCAUCUCUGAGAACACCACUGCCAACGGGAUGAAGUCUAUGUAACUGUAACUGGGUGGAUUUUCUCCUUUUUUUUUCUUUUUCCCCUUUUGUUUUGUUUUACCUUCUCCUCUUUCUUUUGUAUUUUAUUUGAUGCUGUUGUGCAGGAAGAGCAGACCUUUGGGCAAAGGUGUUUUGCACAGGUUUUACAAACCAGUGACGGAGCAGACGCACUCUUGGGAGAAUUCAACUCUGCUGCUAAAGCGACUUGUAGGAAUUGUCAACCGUUGUGCAGAUUGCUCUUGAAAAAAAUUAUGGGGGAAAAUAACUCAUCUGAGAAAAGACCUGGCUGGAGGUAGCCCUUCAGAACUCUUUUUUUUCCUGCCAUUAAAUACAUAUAUUUAUUUUGAUUUGUUCUCAAGAAGCACUUUAUUUCCUUUUCCUUUCAUAGAUCACAAAAACGAAGCCAUCUUAUUAUAAGAGGUGCAGCCAUUCCAAGAAAGAAACCAUGGGGGGGGUUGUUUUUUUGUUUCCUUUUUGUGUUUCUUUAAAGGAAGGAGGUAUCACUGCAAAGUUGAAUUGACUGAUAUUUAGACUUGUGCAAUGUUGUUCUGCCUGUCUAGAAAGUCCAAGCGCCCAGGUUGCCUGCUGUGUUUGUAUACACCAAAAAAAAAAAAAAAAAAAGGAAUCAAAGCAAAACCUGUUGUGACUCAAACUCUGACUGCAUUUUAGGCAGGUUGUGUUUCUUUUUAUAGCCCAUGUGCAUUUAAAAGUUAAUUUUCUUUUCCUCAUCGAAUGCAGUGAAGAAAAUCCUACCCAAACAAGCUGAUUUUUCAAUGAGAAUCAGGCUUAUGCAUUUUAAGAUUCCAUUAAUACAUUUUAGACUGUUCCUGCUGGUGUUUAAUACUAAUGUAGAUGAUGUAAGUGAUUUGACCAAUGAUGCAAAAAUUAGUUUUGUCGAGAGUGGCUUUAAUUACCAGGAGGUCUAGAAUCUGUGAUUGACAGCUCCAGGAGAAGAGCAUAAACCAGCAGGGACAAAAAAUAAGGAGCAUUGGCUAUGGUCUGUACUUUUUAUUUCCAAAGGCAGCACAGCUAGGAUUCCCUCUCCUGGGAAAUGAGCAUCCUGGCAUUGCCCUGCCUGUUUUUAGAACCAGAGUUUUUGUUCCCUAUUUAAGUGGACAAAACUUUUAAGUGACUGUCAGAAAGGAAUGAAUUGAUAACCUGUGAAUAAUGAUUUAAGGUUUGUUGUUGGCCGUCUUGGGUCUUCUAGAGAUGGUUUCUGGUUCUGACCCAAGAAUACAUGGUGAACUCACCUGUAUUUCCCUCCUUCCCCAACUGCUCUUGUAGGAUUUUUUUUUCAGUUUAAAAGAAAAAAAAAAGUAAAAUUGGAUUGAUCCCACUCUAUGAUAAGCAAAACGAACACACGAUUUUUCGUGUAUUGUACAGAUGGUACUUUGAUAACGGCCACUUGACUUCUCUCCUCCAGUCCCCAAACCAACUCUUUGCUUUGGCCAUUGGCUUUCGGUUCUCACCAUGUGAUGACUGUGAGGAUCUUGUUCAGUGCAAGGACUUUGUGAACGAACAGCUUUCUUGCACUGUAGUUAACCUCCCUCCUCUCCCUCCCUCUUUUCCUUUUUCACUCAGGCCAUCCAUUUGUGAUUGCUCAGUAGUGCGGACAUUUGAACAAACAGAGCAGCAGGAUGUCGAUGUUGUAUUGCGUGUCCAUAUGAUUGCCACUAUGUUUGAUGUAAAACUUUCGUUCACAAGCAUGGGAAGCGUGCAUUUGCACUUUCCUCCUCUACCCGCCCUGCCCCUUCCUCCUUUGCUGUAUAUAUAUAUUGUCUACUAACUACUGUACCUAACAAUUUCCAUCCUCCGUUAGGCUGCCAAUGUCCUCUUACAGUCCCCAGUAAAUCAGAGAGAUGGUCCUGGGCGGGUGCUGAGGUACGUAGCACGUCUCAGACGGUGCCAAGCACAGGAGGACAGGUAGACCUGCAGAAGCGACAGAGACUGUCGUGUUCGGGAUAGCAAUGUUGUCCUAAAGCUGCUAAUUUUUGUACAGAGGAUGUGGACAUUUGGGUUCUUCCCGAGCCCGGUAAGAAACACUGGACCAGUUGAUGGUAAUUUUGCCCAAAGUUACCCUACUGUUUUUUCACCUUUGCUAGGCUUGCUUGUUACACUUCGGUUUUAUUGCCCAGCUUGAGAGCGGCCAUUUCCCUCUUUCUGUUCUGUGCUGAGACUUCCGUGAUCCGUGCUCACCUAAGAAAAAAAAAAAAAACAAACAAGGCCUUUCAAGUCCACGCAGUAUCCACGUGCCAAAUUCGUGCAAUACCUUUUGCCUUCGAUAUCAGAUGCUUGUGGCAAGCCACACAUAUUGGGGGGAAAAAAGGAGGGUUCACAAGGAAAACCGGCGGAGCAGAACAGGUCUUAACGGAGGAGGAAAAGGUCUCUGCGUGUGCACUCAAGCUGCAGUACGGCUCUAGUGACCCAUUCACAAGCCUACUGAACUGGCUGCUUCCAGCACGGCUAGUGGUCCCGGUGUGCUGUUGUCCACAGCGCUUUAUCGUUUCCUAUUCUGGUGUUUGCUCUCUGACGACAGGCAGGCCCAGGGAAGAGAAUGGUUGUUUAAACAUAUCAACAUUUAUAUAAUAAACACACUAGGUGACAGGAACACUUGGCUUUUUUUCUUUUUUUCUUUUUUAAUAAUUUCUUAUGAAAUUGACUUGAUUUGCUGCUUUUUUUUUUUUUUUUUUUGAUCUGAAACCAGGUACUGAUCUCCUGCAAUGUGGGGAGCUCCAACUUCUUGUGCUGGUCUGGCCUUCCGCCUCUGUCAUGACAAUAAAACACAAAAUCGGUAGCUUAUCAUGCUGAAAAGUUGAAUAACUAUUUCCUUCUGUUUGGUUUUUGUUUGUUUGUUUCUCCACGCACACGCACAGCUGAAAAGCUUUUAAGUGUGGGAGAGCUCUCUGAGGAGGGGACAGGCGGCUCAGUGUGGCAGCAGGGCAGAAAUUAAAUGCCUGGCUGCUCACCGUGCUCUGCGUCAGGACAGUGCUCUGCACGCCAGCCAGGCCGUCGGCUCCUCCAUCGUCUUUCCUCUGUAGCCAUCGCCGGGAACUGCUUUCCUCCGACGGCCGUUUCUGGCCACCACAGCAGAGGAAGCCCUCAGAGCGGUCCUGUCCAUGUUGGUCUUUUUCUGUGAACCUUCGGUAACCUCUUAAGUCCAUCUGUGGAUUUUUCUUCUCUCUUUUGGUUUAGCAUUUAAGGGCUUUCUUCCUUCUUUGUUACUUCAAACAAAAGUGUGAAAGUGACAUUAUGCUUGAUCUGGUUUUCUUUCCUUUUAAGAUUUCUGCGAUGCUUUUGUUGCCAGACAUACUGCAAACAGGUAACGACAGUGUGGGGAAAGCUGUCGUCUGUUUGGGGGUGUUUUGUGGCAACUCCGAAAGGGUUCUGUCUGAUUUACCUUGCAGUUUUGGUGAGCCUGCUUUUUUUCUGUUUCUUUUUGUUUGUUUUGUGGUUUUUUGUUUGGUUGUUGUUUUUUUUUUUUUCAUGGAAGUAUUUUGCUUAACUGUUGCCACUUCCUGGAGCCAAACACUAAAGGUCACCAAAUUGGAAGCAGAAGUGCCAUUAAAUGAACUCUGUGAAUGUCAAGUCAAGUUGCGCCUGUAGCUGGCACAUAAGACAACGCUAUUAAGUGUGGGAUGAUCUCCCCCACUGUAAGUUUUUUUUAAAGAAAAAUGACAAACCUCAUUUUAAAUGUAUUGUGUAAAACGUUUUGGGAAAGGAGUAACAGUGUGUAAUGUCUAGUGGGUGAGAGUUCCCCCCCCCCAUUUCGGUUUCUGAUGAAGUUUUUAAAGAAUCGUAUUACUGUAUGUUUUGAACAUGAAUAGUCUGGUGGUGCUUCCUCAUAGCACAAGCGUAAAUUGAGUACUGAAAACAGUCUUACAAGCUAAAUGUCUGCAUGAUGUUACAUCUGUUGUACCUACUGAAAAACUUUGUAUGUAAAUGUACAGAAUAAAAAGAUGUUGUC